AUGUUUGCGUCAGAAUUGAUGGUUCCAAAAGAACUAGAAUAUGACAAAAGAAUUGAAAUAUUUAAAACAUAUAUUCACAAUGAUAUUAAAUGUCACGAUGCCAAUGACAAAAGUGCUGUUAUUACCACCCUUAGGAAAUUAAUAAUAAUUUUAUUUCUCCCCAUUCAUACAAAAUCAACUAAAGUAAAUAAAAAUAAUAUAAAAAUAGUAUUUUAUUGUAAUCAUUCAGGAAAGACAAAAGAAACAUGUAAAGGAAGAGAUUGUGGAUAUAAAUUAAUUGUAACAUUGGGAUUUGAUAAUGUAAACAGUGUCACAGAAAUGAAUGAACACAAGCAUCCAUUGGACUACUUCUUUGUUGUGUCAAAAACAUGCCCUUUGUUAAAAUCUGAGAAACAUUUAAUUCCAAAAACAAACAACGAAAUAAUCAAGUUUCUUGCAAAUCAUCCUCAUAUUCAAAUUCCCCUUCGAAAAUUUAGACAAAUUCAGAGAGAAGAAGAUAGAAAUCAAAUCCUUGAAAAUAUAUUUCUUUCAGAAUCAUUUUUUGAAAAUGAUUCAUUUAUUAAAUUAACAAACACUUUCACCAACGGUUAUAUUCAUUCGAUAUUAUUCAUUCAUAACAAAGUGAAUCAAAUGGAAUACAGUCAAAGAAGAUGGUAUGUUGAUGACACAGCUAAAACAAAUAUAUAUAACAAAAACUUGUAUGCUGUUAUUGUAAAAGACGAUAAUUCUUUUAACCAAUUCCUAUCAUUUGGAUAUUUAUUUGAUCAAUCCGAAAAUUCGUAUAAAUUAUUCCUCCAUCAACUUCACAAUAUUUUAAAUUAUGGACCCGAAAUCAUCGUGUGUGAUCGCAGUAUUGCUCAAUAUAAUGCUUUGAAACAUGUAUUUCCACAUUCCAAACUAUUCUUCUGCAGAAUUCAUAUAGAAAGAUCAUUGAUAAAAUAUUUUAAGAGUGAUCAUAUAAUAAUGAAAUUAUUUCAUUUAACAAUGAACAUGAAGUUGAACGAAGAUGAUUUAAUUGAAACAUGGAAAAGUAUUGUAAUGAAAAAUAUUAAAAACUUAGAAGAAGACACUGAUGAUGAAAGUAGGUACCAUGAUGAUAACGAAAGUAGUGACGAGGAAAAUGAUGAGCACUUGUUCGAACCAGAUACAGGUGAUGUUAUAAAUUCAGCAGAUGAACCUGACACAUCACACGAUAACAUUCAACAAAUGAUGGAAGAAGCAAAGGGAAUACAUAUCAAUAAAGGACUGAUGUGUAUAAUUGAUUUAAUCGAACACAAAGAAAAUUGGAUUCCUUCUGAAUGUAUCAAAUAUGGGAUGUAUCGAGAUUUUACAACAAAUAGAGUAGAAGGAUUCUUUGGGCACUUGAAAAAAAUAAUUAAACAUAGCCAGGUUCCUUUCUAUUUAUUGACAGACAACGUUUAUGCACUUGGAAAUACAAUGUUUAAUAAUAUAAUUGGGAUUGAUCUUCCAGAAGAAAUUAUAGAUAACAACGAUCCUCAUUUUACACUACUGAGUGAGUUUGCAAAGAAGGUCUUAAAAACACAAUACAAGGUAUUGACUGAUCACGUAAUAUGUGAUGAGAAACAGUAUUGCAUUAGCUGUCAAAUAAGACAUGUCAAUCCUGCAGCAGCAUGGCCUUGUUGUCACCUAAUGAAAGAAAGAAGAAGGAUGUCGUUAAAACAUCUUAUUAGUUAUGAAGACCUUCCAUCCUUUGCUUUCAAGUCAAAACAAACUAGGAUAAAAUGGACUGAUAAAUCCAUUUCCAAUAUUGAAAUGCCCACUAGCUAUAGCUUGAUGGGAAGUGUAAUUGUGAAUAAAAUGAGACAUAACACAAAUGUACGUCCACGGAAUAAAGUUGAGUUUAGGAAAAGAAAAUCAAAAGAGGUGUUUUUCAAUGAAAUUGCACCAUUUCAAAUGAAGAAGUGUGUAGUGAGUGAACAGGGGAAACGUAAACAGGAUGAAAGAGAUAGUGAAGGAGAACACAAAAUGAGGGAUGAUGAAGAAAAUAUUGAAGAACAAGGAGUGGAGGAAAGAUUGCCAACAAUUGAUUCAGAAACUUCCAACAUACAAACACCUCAAAGUGAAACAUAUAAGAAUGAACUACGUGAAUAUGAUAGCAUGAUAACAGAAGAAGAAUUUGAAAAGAUAAUGAAAACAUUUAAAGUUCCACCGAAGUGUAUGGUAUGUGGAAUGUCCAAGAACAAUAAUAUAUAUAAGUUACCACAUAAUAUUAAAGAAAAGGAAACAAUUAUAUUCCCAUUUUUAUCAAAAAAUAAAUAUGGAAUAAUAGCAUAUGUUAAGAGAAUUAACAUAGCAGGGAAUGAAAGGGAAGAAUGUAUGGUACGUAUUAAAUAUGGAAAUGUUAAAUAUCCUGCGUUUAUGAGAGGAAUGAAUAGACAAAUAAUGAAAGUAUUAGAAUUAACAAAUGAACCAAUAAUUUAUUCAAUAAAAAUUGAUGAAUGUAUUGAACAAUUGAAGCAGAAUGGUUAUAUAACCCUUUUCUUAAUGGAAAGUUUCAUAAAGAAAAGAAAGGACGAUGAAAUAACAGGAAAACCAAAAAAACUAAGAGAAUAUAUUUCAAUAGAAAAAAUGAUAGAGUCAUUCAAAAAUUAUAAAGAAAUUAACUCUAAUUAA